AUGAAAACACCUACCAUCUUCACUGGAGGUGCUCUUCUCGCCUUUCUCCGUCUUUUCCUUCUUGGGAGCCAUCGUAUCUACCUUCUGUCGACUUCUUCUUCCGUUGUUGUUGAUGACAAUGUCGAUGCCGAUGAAGUUGUUGAAGUUGUUGAAGUUGAAGUUGAAGUUGAAAAAGACGUCGAGGAAAAGACGUUGAGAAUUUCCAGUUUGGGACAACAGGCGGCAGAAUUUGCUGACCGCAUUCGUUUACGGCCAGGCUUGUUAUAA